AAGUCCACAAUAAAGACGGACUCAUCAGCAGCAGCGCUGUCAGUAUAUAUUUGAAGCUUGAACGAUGCGCUUCCUCUCGUUACAUCGCUUUUUUUUAUUUGUGCAUUUUAACGAAAAUGUUAUCGAACGUGAAUUUUUGUGCUAUGAAAUAUGGAAAGAUUUGGGCGCAGUGACCUGAGACCGGCCUUAUUCUGUAAGAAAUUGCAUCUUGAACCUGGACUGAGAUAAGGCCGCGCCAUGACGUCACGGCUGGACCGUUUGUUCGUGCUGCUGGAGGCGGGCGCGGGUGCGGCAACGCGGCGCGCCGCGGCGAGGCAGCUCGGCGAGGUCCAGAAGGCACACCCUGAGGAGCUGCACCGGCUGCUCCACCGCCUGAUGAAGCAUCUGCGCUCGCCCGCGUGGGAGACCAGGGUCGCCGCCUCGCAGGCAGUGGAAGCGAUCCUAACGAACGUUCCACAAUGGCACCCCCCGCCCUUCACCGGCAAGAAAGAGGAAAAAUCCGAAUGCGACGGGCGUCUACGAUGCGAGACAUUCGACAUCGAGAAGGUUCUCCGACAUGGCGCACACCUCAUGGGCUCGGAGGGCCACGAGUACGAUCUCGAUGAGGAGGCUCUCAAUGCUGCCGACAUAAACGAGCGUCUAUCACGACAGCGGCAGCAGCUCAACGCCCGCCUCGGCCUGGAGGUGGCGUCCAGUCUAGGCGUGGAUCUGACCACGGCGCUGUACACCAACGACGACCUCUGUCCCGCCAAGCCAGCGCCAGUCAAGACUGAAGUGAUCAGGAGGCCAGUGCAAGAGCUAGUCCCGUCGUCAUCCAAGCCGCUCAGCUCUCGCGAGAUGAACCUAGCGAAACGGAAAGCGCGACAAGCAGCUUUCUCCAAACAGAAGUCGCGCGACUGCGAGGAGCCGCCCGCGCCGCCCACGCCGCCGGUGGAGCCGGAUCGGAAGAAGAUCAAGCUGGAGGUCGACGAGUUUAACUUGGAGCAGUCGCUAGCAGUGCCAGACUGCUCCGGAGCGUGGGGCGAGAGUUCCAGCUGGCCGCUGGAGAGCUGGUGCGGCGCGCUGCAGGCGACGCUGUUCAGCGCGGCGUGGGAGGCGCGCCACGGGGCCGCCUCGGCGCUGCGGGAGCUGCUGCGCGCGCCCGUCGCCGCCUCGGCGGGGCAGGCGGCCGGCGACAGCCCGCAGCAGAUGGAGGACGCCCACCAAGAAUGGCUCGAAGACAUGGCGCUGAGGUUGCUUUGCGUUCUUGCGUUGGACCGCUUCGGAGACUUUGUGUCAGAUCAGGUGGUGGCUCCGGUGCGCGAGACGUGCGCGCAGACGCUGGGCGUGGCGCUGGCGCAGCUGCGCGCGCCGCGCGUGCGCGCCGUGGCCGCGCUGCUGUCGGCGCUGGCCGCGCAGCCGCAGUGGGAGGCGCGCCACGGCGCGCUGCUCGGCUUCAAGUACCUGCUGGCCGCCAGACAGGAAGUAGCGUGCGAGAGCGGUGUGAUUGAGCACCUGAUAUCCGGGCUGAGUGACCCCGCGGAGGACGUGUCGGCCGUGGCGGCGGGCGCGCUGGCCCCGGCCGCGGCGGCGCUGGCCUCGGCGCGGCCCGAGGUGCUGCCCGCCGUCGUGGCGCGCCUGUGGCAGCUGCUGCAUGACCAGGAUGACCUUGCUUCGCCUGCCAAUUCCUACAUGGCAUUGUUGGCUUCUCUAAUGGCCAUGCCGAAAGCGGCCAAGCUCCUGCACCCCAUCGACUUGGCCGACGUCCUGCCGAGGCUUUGGCCGUAUUUAGACCACUCCACCAGCUCGGUCAGAAAAGCUUCCCUCCAAACACUGCGGACCCUCACGAGACCCCUAGUCACGGAGGUUCCACACACGAAUGGCAAUGGCCAGACCAGCAAUGGAGAGGUCGCAAAAACAAUAAACGAUGUCCAAUAUUUAAUGUGGACCCCUGAACUACUACAAGAGGCUAUGAGACACGUUUACCAAAGAAUUUUGUUUGAGCACGUUGGCGAUAUACAGAUGAUCGCCGUUCAAGUUUGGGAGAAUCUCCUGCGCUACGCUCCACUUGGAGUAGUGUUAGUUGCAGCCUGCCCGUUGCUAGCUACCUGGCUAUGCCUCGCCAUGCAGCCGGCCAGGUUACCUGUAGCACCUAAUCUCUUACUUCAGCCGCCUCCCAAAGAAAAGCGCGCGCCAACUAAGCCGAGCCAAUUAGGAGAAGGCUUGCCGCCUGAAGUGCGGCCCAAUCAGAAAUGGUUCCUAGGUGGAAGCGAAUCUCAACCUACCUGCGUUCGUGAUAAGAACGUGACUCGAGCGCGCUGCCUCGCUGCCGAGAUCCUAGGGUAUCUGUCCUGUUAUCUAGUACAACCGGCUCCCGGUAUUGAGUACAAACCUGAAGACGAAAGCCCUAUAGACUGUUUCGUAAAAGUGUUGUUAGUGCAUUUGAGAUCGUCGAGCGCGCUGCAGCGGCUAGUAGCAGGCCUAGUAGUUUCCGCGUGGGCGCGACGUUCCUUACACCACAAUCUCUUUCCCCCUCCGAUAUUCGGUGAAAAACGAGACGACAUUACCGACGAUCCUAUAAGUCGACUAGCUCCACCCCCACUAACAAUAACUUUACACGCGUCUCUCAACCAAGCGCUAUACUACGAUGAAGUCGCGCUGAACUGCAAUAGAAUACUUCAAGAAGCUAGAGAUUUACUCGCCAUGAUGAAGCACUACAAACUACCUGUGGACGGCGAAGAAUUCAACAACAUCCUUCGUCUCGAACAAGUAAUUCAUAUGACAACAGUUACAGAGCCUAUGGUGGCGUCUCUAAAACUGAAACGGGUAGUUACGACUUUAGAGGAGCGCCGAAAGAAUCUCCAAACCGCCGUGAACCAAUGCGCGACAGAACAAACUAUUCUGAACAUUUCAGUACAAGCUGCUUUAGCUGGAGCUUGUGCUAGCUUAAACUCUUUACCGGAGAAGUUGAACCCAGUGGUGAGGCCGCUAAUGGAGAGUAUAAAGAAGGAAAUGUGGGAGGAGCUGCAGGCGCAGUCGGCGGAGUCGCUGGCGGCGCUGGCGGCGCGCCUGGUGUGCCGCGAGCCUAGCCCUAAUAACAAGAUAUUGCACAACUUGAAGGCAUUUCUGAGAUGUGACCCUGAGUUCACGCCGCACGUGUCUUUGGCGGAGAACACGGACGAAAACGGAGACUCUGGGAGCGGCGACAGCGGAGCGGAGGGGAAGGCGGAAAAGGCAUUGCAUGGACCUACUAUGGACGCCUACGUGGGCAUCUUGACCCUGUGGGAGCAGCAGCGCGCGGCGGUGCAGGUGUCGCCGCGCCGCGGCCGGCCGCCGCAGCUGCCCGCCGUGCCCGACGUGCCGCUCGACGCGCUGCACGACCGCGAGGACGAGAACCGAAAAAAGCUUCGUAUUCAACGAAGAGGGGCGACGCUAGCUUUCACUAGUCUCACGAGAUACUUCGGCGACGAGAUGCCGGAGAAACUGCCGAAGCUUUGGGAGUUCAUCACGGAACCGUUCGCGAAUGUCAUGACUGAUAGUGAGUUAGAAAACGUGGACGUGGAAGCCUCCGAAGAGCUAAUCUCCCGCCUGCAGGUGUUCGAGGCGGUGUGCGCGUCGCUGGCGCCGGCGGCGUGGGCGGCGACGAGAAGCGGCGCGGGCGCGGGCGCGCGGCUGGCGCGCCACGCGCACACCGCCGUGCGCCACAUGGCGGCGCGCGCGCUGGCCGCCAUGGCCAAGCGCGACCCGCACUACGUCAUGGCCACCGUUGUCAAAGAUCUCGUGCCAGCCCUGAGCGACAUGAGCGCCGUCCGCGUCCGCUGCGGCAGCGCCGAGGCCCUGUCCAGGGUUGUCGAGGCGCUGCAGCUACAAGUGGUGCCCUACAUUGCAUUGCUCGUCAUACCUCUAUUAGGUCGUAUGAGCGACCACUGCGAGGCCGUCCGCGUGAUGUCCACCCGCUGCUUCGCGUCGCUCAUCCAACUCAUGCCUCUCGACGGCGCCGCGCCCGAACCGGAGGGCCUGUCUCCAGAGCUCCGCGCACGGCGGCUUAGCGACAAGCGCUUCCUGGAUCAACUGUUCAAUCCUCGCUCCAUCCAGGAUUAUAAAGUGCCUGUGCCUGUGGCUGCAGAACUCAGAAGCUACCAGCAGGCGGGCGUGAACUGGCUCCGCUUCCUCAACGAGUACAAGCUGCACGGCGUGCUGUGCGACGACAUGGGCCUGGGCAAGACGCUGCAGUCCAUCGUGGUGGUGGCGGCCUCGCACGCCGAGCGCGCCGCGCGCCGCGAGCCCGCCGCCCCUAGUCUCGUGGUGUGCCCGCCCACGCUCACCGGGCACUGGGUGUUCGAAGUGAACAAGUUCAUCUCCUCCAAGUACCUGAAGCCGCUCCAGUACGUGGGCCCGCCCGUGGAGCGCGAGCGGCUACGCAGCCACGUCAAGAACUACAACCUGAUCGUGGCGUCCUACGACAUCGUGCGGAAGGACAUUGACUUCUUCAGCGCCAUCAAGUGGAACUACUGCAUCCUGGACGAGGGCCACGUGAUCAAGAACGGCAAGACCAAGGCGUUCAAAGCCAUAAAGCAACUAGUCGCUAAUCAUAGGUUAAUACUGUCCGGAACGCCCAUACAGAACAACGUGCUAGAACUGUGGUCGCUGUUUGACUUCCUGAUGCCCGGCCUGCUGGGCACGGAGCGGCAGUUCACGGCGCGCUACUCGCGGCCCAUCCUGCUGGCGCGCGACGCCAAGGCCACGCCGCUGCAGCUGCAGGCCGGCGCGCUGGCCUGCGAGGCCCUGCACCGGCAGGUGCUCCCAUUCCUACUGCGGCGCGUAAAAGAAGACGUGCUAAAAGAACUCCCGCCGAAGAUCACACAAGACUACUACUGCGAGCUGUCGCCGCUGCAGCGCCGCCUGUACGAGCAGUUCAGCAAGCACCUGCCGCCGCAGGUCACCCGCCAGCAACACGUAUUCCAGUUCCUCCACUACCUGCAGAACGUGUGCAACCACCCGAAGCUGGUGCUGACGCCGGAGCACCCCGAGUACGGCAAGGUCCAGCUGCAGCUGUCCGCGCAGCGCUCCAGCCUCGACGACAUCGAGCACGCCGCCAAGCUGCCGGCUCUCAAGCAACUCCUCCUAGACUGCGGCAUCGGCGUAACCCCGGACGCCGGCGACACGGGCGCCGUGGUGUCGCAGCACCGCGCACUCGUCUUCUGCCAGCUCAAGAAGAUGCUGGACAUCGUGGAGCGGGACCUCCUGCAGAAGCAUUUACCCUCCGUCACCUACCUGCGGCUGGACGGCUCCGUGCCGCCGCAGCAGCGCCACGCGCUCGUCACCAGGUUCAACAACGACGUGUCCAUCGACCUGCUGCUGCUGACCACCACGGUGGGCGGGCUGGGCCUGAACCUGACCGGCGCGGACACGGUGAUCUUCGUGGAGCACGACUGGAACCCCAUGAAGGACCUGCAGGCCAUGGACCGCGCGCACCGCAUCGGCCAGCGCCGCGUCGUCAACGUCUACCGCCUCGUCACGCGCGCCACGCUCGAGGAGAAGAUCAUGGGAUUACAAAAAUUCAAGCUCCAAACAGCGAACACGGUGAUCAGCAGCGAGAACGCCGCCAUGGAGACCAUGGGCACCGAGCAGCUGCUGGACCUGUUCCAGCCCUCGCCCUCCCCCUCGUCCCACACCCCCCACGCCCCCUCCGCCGGGCCCUCCGCGCCGGACGCGCUGCCCGACCUGUGGGACGACCGCCAGUACGAGGAGGAGUAUGACAUGUCCAAUUUUAUAAGGGGACUCAACACGUUGAAGGAGUAACUGUAGAGGCUUACACCAAAUCUUAGGCGCUCUUCACGCUGCGUGAACACACGCCGCUCUAAUGUGCGAGCGGGACAUACCCGGGUAACGCUGUCUCGCUCACACGCCGGAGCGACGCGCGGAUCCGUAUCGGUGGGGUAAUCGUAUAUGUAAGGUCUGUUCGAAUAUUUAUAGCCGAGAUUUCGGUUUUAAUUAGUAAGGUUAGUUAUGAAAGUGUAGUGAAGUGCCAACAUUACACUAAAAUGCGAAUUAAUUUUCCAAAUUUGUAUACAUAUAUUUCUAUACGGGUGGCCCAAAAAUAUGUUGACAAUUUUAUUAACUGCGACAUAUUAUUAAUAAUUUUAAGAAACGUUUUCGUUUGUGUAUCAUAACUUAACCCCUUUUUAAGAUAAUUUUUUUUCUUACCUCAAAAGAGUCAAAAAUAGUGGUAAUUAACUUUUUCUUCCCAAAUGCUAGAGUUCCUAUAAUAUCUAAUAUUGCGGUACAAUAAUAUGUAUACGACACAGCGCAUAAGUCACCUACUCAGAUUUAAUUUUGAAUGGAAAAAGUUACCACUAGUUUUGAGGUUAUAAAAUUUGUAAUAUGAAAAAACAGACUAUAAAGGAAGAGUAAUACGUUUUGUUUUACUUAAAUGACUAUAGUUUAAAAAAAUAUUCACAUUUUGUUAAAAGGUGUAUGAAACGUAUUUCUUAAAAUUCUUUGUCAAUGUAAUUUUGGGCCUGUAGAAAUGUCGAUCUUCGCUAAGAAGGUCGCAAAAAAAUUAAGCAAAUCACCUGUCGUAAUAGUGGUAUAUAUCCAAUUUGUUUAACAUUCAUAAAUGCAACACGAAAACAAUAAUAAAUCAAUUUUUAUAAAAUAAAACAAAAAACUGUCUGAAAGUUAUAAGAGGCGUCACUGAGUGGUCUCUGUUUAAAUGUAUGUUAAGAUUAAGAACGCACUUAAAAUUUUAUUAUAAACUUGCGACCCGCACUUCGCACGGGUUUCACACAACCUUAACAAAUUAUUCACCUAAACCUUCCUUAAGAAUCACUCCAUUUGUAGGUGAAAACCGUAUGACAACCCGUUCAGUAGUUUUUGAGUCUAUCUCGAACAUACAGAUACAGACAGCCGCGCCGGGGGACUGUUUAAUAAGGUGUAGUGAUUAGAUAUUCAUAGCCAAAAGAAACAGUUUUAUAAGUAGCAAUAGUGAACCAACAACAGCUUUAGCAAGUUGCCUUAGUAAAUGUUAUCCGUAGCCAGAGAACUUUCACAUACUGAGAUAGGGACACCAAGAUAAGUCGGCAGCGAUUUUGAUAGCCCAGAUGGUGCAGGUGUUAUUUUAAAUGUCAAACUUCUAUGACAUUAUGACGUUUACUUGACACUUGCACCUUCUGGGCUAUCAAAACCGCUGCCAACUUAUCUUGGUCUAACUCUUCGCUGUUUAUUAUGAAAAAAUAUAUCAAAUGUUAAAAACAAGAUCAAUUUCUUUAUAUACAUCUCUACCGCUCAUCCAUAUUCGUACGAUAGAGACGCAGAUAACGAAAUUUCGAUUUUCUUUUCUCGCGGUAGGCCCUCAUUUUUUUAUAUAUAUUAGUAAUGCGUCUCUUUAGGAUUAUAAUGUCUUAAUUAAUUUCUGAACCUUACACACGCAUUGGGUGAUGUCAAAAGCACAUAUUUAAGCAUUAUUUGUAGCGAUUUUGUACGUUUUGACUACGUGUUAAAGUAAAUAGAAUAUUGAAUACGAAAAAUUAUUAUAAAUAUGUUUGAUAGUAUUGGUGCGUGAAAAGGCGUACUCUAGAUGAUAAAUUUAUCUGUUCCAAUAGUCUACAGUACAUUCGCCAUCAUAUAUAUCGGAGCGGCCCUCGUGCUCAAAUAUAUCUGAACACGCACUCUAACACCUUGACAAUAGAGGCGUGUUCAGAUAUUUGUGAGCACCUUGGCCGCUCCGAUAUAUGUGAUAGCGACUGUACCUCCGGUAUAAGGGCGUGUUUACAAUGGGCCGCCUGACGCAUUCGAUAGAAGCGAAAGGCGGGGAGCUGUUUAGUGUUUAGUUUAUUUGAUUAUAUAAGUUUUAAUACCUUCAUUAAACGUUAAUGACGUCAAUAACAUCGCAAAUUGUGAUUCUCUAGCUUACACUAGUAAGUUCCUUAUAUAGGAAAUACCUCAAUCCUUCUCUUUAUUUAUUGUUAGAACUAAGAAAGACAGUCAUUGAUUUAGUCAUUUUCGUAGAUUUAGAGUGUGUUACGCUUAGUUAUUAUUGUACCUGCUCAAAUAAAAACGAACUUUGGACUUGACUUUUGUAUGCAAUAUUUCAGAGCCGCUAGUGUAAAUUUAUUCGAUAGCGAAACGUGAUGUACGCGUUUGCGUUAAGUGUCAUUUUGUAUGGGAUUUUGAGUUUCCAAAACGUCCCGCUUGGCGCGCUGUUUCUAAAUCCCAUACAAAAUGAGACUUAACGCAAACGCACACUAGAGGUACUGUUUAAUUUCAAUAGUGUUGGGCAUUAAAAAAUCCUUACCCCGUUACGGUUACUUUUUUUCUUUUUGUAUGUAAGUGUGUGGAUGUGUUUGAAAUAAAAUAAAGACAUGUUUUGUG